AUGGACCGAUUCCCACAAGACUACGUCGGUCAUAACCUGCCACUGUUGCUUCUUUCCGGACUGAACACGAGGAGCCCGAUCGAGCCAGACGUGUCAAGAAAUACAUAUGACUUCUUGCAUGAAGGCGGAUUCAGGAUCAAGGUCGACGCUCCCGUUGUGGGUGGGUCUCUGGCAGAACAAGUCCUCCAAUCCUUCUGCGACCAGGAUGCCUCGGACGUUCCAUGGCACUCCCAAGCUUUUGCCUUACGGAAUGCCAAAGUCUUCAAGAUUGCGACUGUUGGACGGGUCUUCACUUUUCCGCCUCGCAAAGCACCGCCUCCUCCCCAUUCCCCUCGCUUGUCGGCCGUUGAUGCAAACGGAAGUCCACCGCCCCCGUUGGUGUUACACUCUCCUUUGUCACCAUUGACGCCUAGCUCACCGUUGUACCCUGACGGCAUCGUAUCGCCUUUAUGGAUCACCAAACACCAGACACGACUACCCUGCGCUUUUCUGAGCUUCUUCACACUCGGGUCCGACCCGAACACGAGUCCCCUUCAGGACAACAGGUUGAAGUCAGAGAUCAACAAUGUACGGAAUGUGCUGUCUUCGACAAGUUACAAGACCAAGCAUGUCGUGGUGCUAUUAGGGGAUGGCAAUAUCAGCGUCCCCGAACUUGAGGAUCGUCUCGCCACCAUCCGACGUGCGACUGCCCUCGACUCCAGAAGCCUCUAUUUUCUUGCUCAUAAUUCUUCGUCCGCCCAGGUCGUGGCAUUUGUCAUUAACGUCCUUUCAGCACUUCAUCCACUGUGUAUAGAAUACUACCGCGAUCUGUCUAAACACGCUCGGCGCAAGCGCAAUCGAAGCGCAAUUCCUCAGCCCACAGUCCAACCAGGGACCUCCAACAUAUUGUCUUUACAAGGUUGGAAUGUCCGAUAUGAAUUCAAACUUGGCGUAUUUGCCGAGUUCCGGCAAGAAAUGGACGCCGCUUGUCGAAACUACGAGACUGCGUAUGAUAGUUUGUUCGCUCCUGAGAUUAUAGAUGGCAUUCCUGCAUGGAGCCCGCGCUUCAACGAAGCCAGGUUGUUAGCCGAUAUCAUAGCGUUUCGCACGCUCCGCUGUCUACUGUGGACAGACCAGGGGACAACAGCGGUCAGAUCUUGGAUCACUCAUCGUGAUCGGACAGCUGAUUUGGUCAACCGGAGAGGUAAGGGAACAGCCAACUACGGAUGGGAGGCGUGGCAAUUCGCCUGGGCGAAGAUCAUGGCGGACCUCCUAUCUAGGUCAAAGUAUCCUCUCUUGAAUGUCAAGAUUCCAAAUACGCCUGGACUGCUUCCGAUCUACGUCAGUGCAAAGAGGCUACUACCUGCGGACGAGAGGUCGAAUCCGUGGGAACAGUUACAUCACCAGGGAUAUUGGCUUGAGAUCGCAAAGAACUCUAUUCUGGCUCGCCGAAAAUGGGCAUUACAAAUUCCAGAGGAAGACCGCCAGCCACCGGGUCGCUCCCCCGCGUCCAUUGUUGCUAGCAAGGCCCAGCUUUACGACACAUACCUUGCUCUCGAGCCAUAUCGUGAGGUGCCGGGUGAUGGCAGUCCGGGGCACGAUUAUGCCAAAGAAAUUACGACGACGCUGGAAAACGCUAUUGCCUGUUUUCGGCAUCGAGGCCAACUUCGCAAGACUGAUAUACUCGGACUUCAAAUUGCCUUUCAGCAGAUUGAAAUCCAUUCAUGGGCAGCAGCCGCAUCAACGUUGCAAGAGCUGUGGUUUAGCCAGCACUGGAGAAAGGCAGGAUGGUGGAAGCUUCUUCAAGGGCUUGGCUGGGCGCUUCUUGAUACCCUGACUCGCGUGCAGAACGGUGAGUUGUUAGUCCGGCUGCUAUGGGAAUUAACGAAUGAGGUCUUUGACCGCAAGCCGAACACAAACUAUGAUCUACGGCAAGCACUGGCGCCUUACAGCCUGGAAAAUGGCAGCUUGUCUAUUGCGGUAGACGUUGAUGAAGCUUUGUCACCAUUGACAGCCACAUUCACUUUUUCAACCCACGAUGUGUUCGUUGGGGAGGCACUGGACUGCCAGUUGGCUAUACAGUCUCGAGCGCAGAGCGGACUUCCUGCGAUCCGCCUCUCUGAGGUUAAAGUCAUUUUCGAAGGCAGUCUGAAAUCCAUCUACCUGACCGCCGAAGAUGGCGAGGACGGUGAGGUCGAGAGCAGCGCCUCGACUGCUCACUUCGUGAACGUCGGCUUGGACGAAACUUCAUCAAUGUCGUUUUCCGGGACCAAAAGGUCAUCUACCAUUGCAAUCGCUCUCCUAGCAGGCAAUGCUAAUCUGUCCAUUCCGUCGAGCCAUACAAAGAUUUUCAAAAUACGUGUCAUCCCACGAGAGCCAGGAGACGCGACCGUUGCUUCCAUCACACUUAUACUCCACGACGAGAAAUUCAGUCUUGCUGCCACGUGCUCCAACUUCUCCCACACUGUUGCGCAGUGGUGGGAGACAAAAGAAGGUAUGCCAAUUCCUCGAACUUUAGGACACGAGUCGAAUGGGUUCAACACAAUCCACAUACAGCCCAAACCACCCAAACUGAAGCUGGAAGCGCCUGGUUUGAGAAGGUCCUAUUACACUAAUGAGUCCAUCACAAUCGACUUUGACAUCACCAAUGAAGAGGCCGAGGAUGUGUUGGUUGUGCUCGAGGCGCGGCUGAUCGGCCCCAUUGAAGGAGCGACGCGAAUCAGCUGGACUGGAGACGGUGCAGAUACUGCUCCAGCAACACGUUCAGCACUGGGGAUCCUCACAUUGCCAUCUCGCGAAAUGGGCACAAUCUUGUCUUCUGACAAAGCGUCCGCCUCCAUACGUAUCAUGGGAAUCACCAUCGCAGUCGACCACGAAGUUGAACUUACGGCCACUUACCGUCUAGUUUCCGAGCAGGAAACAACCGUCGCUAAGGCGAUCACGGUUGACGUUGGAGUAGUUCGUCCUUUUGAAGCCAACUACGACUUCACUCCGCGCUUAGACAUAGAUUCUUGGCCAAAUUUCUUCGAUGCGCCCCAACCAAGCUCGGAGACUGCCACCCCAGCGGGCCUGAGACAUUUGUACUCAGUAGCAGCUAGCCUCUAUUCUUUUGCGGCAGAACGUCUCGUGAUCGAAGCAAUUCUCCUGAAAGCCACCAAAGUUGUGGGAGGGGCAGUUUGUUCUUCGGGUACUGGUAUAAUUCGAUCAAAAGAAGAAUCAGGCGCUGCAGGGGGAGCCGCAGAGCAAACUGGCAGGGAGAUCAUAUCGACGGUGAUCCUGCCUGACCAUACCGAGAUAUUCGACUUUGACCUCACUUUACAGAAAAUGGUCCUUGGAGAUCGACAUACCGUUGCCGUCGAUUUGGAACUGGAGAUCGCUUGGCGUAGAGAAGAUUCGGAAGAAGUCAAUACCACAGUGCUCGAAGCAGCUCGUCAUGUCGCACCAAUGGCCGAACCCAGGGUUAUACUGACUGCUUCAGCACCCGGCCCGGGAGCGAUCAACGCGGGAGCAUACAAGUUGUCUUUCACCGUUGAGAAUUCGAGCAUGCACUUCCUCACCUUCAACGCGUCCAUGGAGGCAAGCGAAGACUUUGCGUUUAGUGGUCCAAAAGCGUGCGCAAUAAAUUUGGCUCCCCUCAGCAAGCAGACGUUGGCCUACCGAAUCUUACCAAACAAGAAGAACGAAUGGAUUGGUGUGCAUCUGAACGUGGUUGAUGCGUACUUUGGACAAACACUAAAAGUAUUGCCCGGUGGGAAACGUGUCAAAGUCGACAAGCAAGGCAAUCUGCUAGUUAAAGUCUGA